AUGGUAAUCAGAAAGACGAGGAUAUCGAGCAUUCUGCUAACCCUGCUCGUACCCGUCAUUUUGAUCUGCGCCUUCUCUCUUUCCAUAGCCGGCACCGCUGGAAAGAAUUGGGCGCAGAGGAUUGAAACUGACUUUGACACCGGACAAUGCAUGGGUAUCAACCACAGAGGCCCAUUCCAAUACUGCGUUCUCAAUCUGAAGAACGUCUCCUCCACCACAACCACUGACGAGAGCGCCACGCCAACGCCAACAGACAGUAGUGAUGAGACCGCUGCAGAAGAAACUCCCACAGAAGGCGAAGAAACGACAAGCACCGAAUCAGCAACCGAGAGCAGCACACCGACACCAGUGUGUCCUUUACCUCAAGCCGAAUCGCGCUACGAGCAAUUCUGCAACAGCACAACGCGCCCCGGCGGAGCAUGCUCAGUCCGCGGUGUAGCCUCCCUCGCAACCCUAGGCCGCAACAGCGCAACAGGGGACUCCUCAACCUUCUGCCAGCAGCUCAAAAUCUCGGGCUCUCUGCUGCUCGCCGGGUGUGCUCUGAUCGGAAUUGGCAUGCUCGCAUCUUUGAUCCUCAGCGGUAUAACCUUACUCCAGAUCUUCGGCAGAUACAAGGCACCAGACGACACCUCUUCGCCUUCAUUGGGUGCGGUGGCUGUCUUUACUAGCAUCAUCACGGGGUUGGGUUUCCUUGCAAUGCUGUUUGGUACUGUGGUCGGCGCGAACGUUCUUGUCAAUUUGCAGUUUCCUGCAGGCGAUUGGUAUACAUCUGGGGACCUUGUCAACAGCACUGCGGUAGGGCCUUGGAUGCUUGGGAAGUCCGUCUCGCUUGCCACAGCGGGAUGGGUAUUGGCGGCUGUGGGUGCGAGUCUCGUGGGCAAGAUCUGGUCAAGCCCUACUGCUCAUUAUCGUCGAGUCGGUCAGGAUGAUGUUGGUGCAGAGGUUGUGAGGCCCAGAGGCAAGCACGAUCGUGAGGAAUAG